CCAAUAUUGCUGGCCCAACUAUUAUUUCAAGCCCAGCCCACUAAAUUUUCAGAAUGAAGAAGAAGAAGAAAAAGAAGAAGAAGAAACCUUGUUCAACUAACUCUACUGAGCUUCAUAGUUAUGGCUAUGGCCGCCACCAUUUCGCCUCCUCUCACAUCUCCGGCUCGGCGGCUUUCACUGACCUCCUUCACCUCACUCUCAAAUUCUCACUCUUUCACCAAUCAACUGAGUUUUCUCAGACCAACUCGUCCCUGCAUCGGCGUCUCAGCUGGAGCCUCUUCUCCCAUUUCCAUGAGACUCGAAGCCGCCGAAAAGGCCUCUACGGCUUCGUUCUUGGAUCGCAGAGAGACCGGUUUCCUUCAUUUCGUCAAGUACCAGGGCCUCGGCAACGAUUUCAUUCUGGUUGAUAAUAGGGAUUCUUCAGAGCCUAGAGUCACUCCUGAGCAAGCAGUGAAGCUUUGUGAUCGGAACUUUGGAAUUGGAGGUGAUGGAGUCAUUUUUGCGAUGCCGGGAAUCAAUGGCACUGAUUAUACUAUGAGAAUUUUUAAUUCUGAUGGAAGCGAGCCUGAGAUGUGUGGUAAUGGAGUACGUUGCUUUGCUCGAUUUAUUGCUGAGCUUGAGAAUUUGCAAGGAAAACACAGCUUUACUGUACAUACUGGUGCUGGUUUAAUUAUUCCAGAAUUACAAGAUGAUGGCCAGGUUAAAGUUGAUAUGGGUGAACCAGUACUUAAAGCAUCAGAUGUACCUACAAGGUUACCUGCAAAUAAGGAUCAAUCAGUUGUAAAGUCCGACAUAGAUGUCAAUGGAGAAACUUGGAGUGUUACAUGUGUUAGUAUGGGAAAUCCUCACUGCGUAACUUUUGGCAAGAAGGGGGGCCAGGCUUUGCAAGUUGAUGAACUAAACUUAGCUGAUAUUGGACCUAAAUUUGAGCAUCACGAGAUGUUCCCAGCCCGAACCAACACAGAAUUCGUACAAGUGUUCUCACCUUCACAUGUCAAAAUGCGUGUUUGGGAGCGUGGGGCAGGAGCAACAUUGGCCUGUGGAACUGGUGCUUGUGCCGUAGUUGUUGCAGCCGUUCUUGAGGGCCGUGCUGGAAGGAAUUGCACGGUUGACUUGCCUGGAGGGCCAUUACAGAUCGAAUGGAGGGAAGAAGACAAUCACAUUUACAUGACCGGUCCAGCUGAAGUGGCGUUCUACGGUUCUGUGCAAUUGUGAUAUGUCUGUCUCCUUAUCUUCAAAAACUAUGUUGUCUGCUUAGACCUUAAAUUAUUUGUUAUUUAGUUCAUUACUUUUU